GGUUUGAACCAAUCAUUUUGCCUCAUAAACGCAGGGAGGCUGGCAGACUUGUGACAUUCACUGUUCUCAUGUCUUGUGUCAACUGUAUAAAUAUCUAAAAAUGAACAUUAUGGUGUCGUAUUUUUCCCGACUGCGGGGAAUAACCCAUUUCACCAGCAUCCCUGCAGGGAACCUUGCAGUAACUGGCAACUCUCACCUUAGGUUAUUCAGCAACUGGAUUGUGCCCAGGGCAGCUGCAGGACCUCAGAUUUCCAGAUGUGGGCCGCUUUCUUCACAAGCUGAGGGUUCAGGAGUGUUCCAACAGCUUCCGUGGCAAUACCAGCAGGUACGGACACGGAAAAGAGGCACAGAGUAUCAGCCCAAGAACAUCAAACGCAAGAGGACCCAUGGCUGGAUCAAGAGGAUCAGCUCACAAGGCGGCAUCGAAGUGAUUCUACGGCGCAUGUUGAAGGGACGGAAAUCACUCUCACACUGAAGGUUCCUGUUGGAAAACCUGCAGGACUUUGAGGAAACAGACACUGGUUCUUAAAUGCUGGCGGUGCUCAGCAAAGAACUUGUAUAUUGGGUUAACUGGUGAUACUGGGUGUGGGUUGGGUUUGGCCUACCCUCUGCAUUAAUAAUGGGCAGUAGAAUGAAAACUGGCCUUCGACAAACAAGUUGUAUUUGCCUUGGGUAUAAAGAAGCCUGGUAGUUUCACCCACUUUGUCAUUCAUAAAGUUUUGGUCAUAAACAUUAAAUGUUAGCAAAUUUA